AUGGUUGUUAUUAUUGCUUCUUUGUUCUUACCAUUUCAGCCUCAAUUUGAGAUUCAUUCGUCUUCCGUUGAGACUGCGUCGUUGGUAGAUCAACCGGUUAAGAUUCGCAAUGCUGGUUCCGGUGUAAAAAGCUCUGCGAAUUCUUUGUAUUCCGGUAAUCCGUUCGAUUUGGGUACUUCUUUGACGAGGAAAAGAAGUAGCUCGUCGCAUUCUCGGUCUUCUUUUGCGCCAUUGGAUCUGACUAUGAGUGCUGCUUCUGGUGGCGAUGGCAUGGAGUCAUCGCCUGCUCCGUCUGGUGAGUUUUCCAAUCAGCAUCGACUCGAUGAGGUGACGAAACCUGUGGGUGCUAAUCCGCAAAUCUCUUCCGAGUCGUUUAUGGAAAGUUUGACGGGGAAAGCACACUCAGCUGCAGCUUCUUCUUCUAAGAACGCUCUUUCGAAUUAUCCUACUGGGUCCGUGGAAGAAUUCUUUUCUAGUGGGAACACACAGUUAGGUAAGAAUUACGAUAACAAUACAGGUUCACCAGAUUCGACAUACUCAAUCCAGUCGAGUCCUGUGAUUAGUGCUGUGAACCCGACACACGAUUCGACGUCCAAUUUGUUGAAGAACGUUAACAAAUCAUUACUCUAUCAGAUAGUGUUGAAUGAAUCAAAUUCUGCGUCUGCGUUGGAGGGUACUUCCAAACAUUUCUGGAAUAGUCCCGGUAGUACAGUUAUUACUCCGAGAUCUAGGGCGUUACCGGAUGUGAAUAGUAGUUUAUCCGGUGUUGCUAAGGGUAAGGGCCAUUUGCACAUCAAGUCACAAGCUCCAGCUAUUAGACAUGUGCAUCCCGCUGCGCAGGGUCCCGGCAACGUGACGGGGACGACCGGUGGUGGUGGUGGUGGUUCUUCGAAAUUGAAGUAUUCGGUCAACGCUAAUCAUGAUGAGGAUAGCCAGGAAGAGAAAUAUGAACAGUCAGAACAAGAAGAGGGCGAAGAAGAAAAUGAUGAAAACGAGAACGUAGUGGAUGAUGAGGACGAGGAUAUGUAUGAUAUAGAAGAAUUGGAUUCUUCUGGAAGGUAUCAUUACAAUGUCCCCAAGUUUGGUGGCUACUCGAAUAAAGCAAAACUUAAAAAUGCGCUAUUAAAGAAGUCAGAGAAUAUUUUCAGUACCGCUCCUUGGACCAUUGUGCCCUGUGCUAAGGGGAAUGGUGGUCUCAAGAACGCCGUUGCCACGGCGCUACUUGAAAAGACUAUAGAUGAGCAAGUUACUUGGGUCGGUACCGUGGGUAUUCCAACAGAUUGUAUCCCGGAGAAAACUUUGGAUAACAUAUGCCAUGAGUUAUACACAAACUAUCAUUCAAGGGCUGUUAUCUCUGAUGAUUUGACAUUCAAAGGCGCCUAUAAAAAUUUCUGUAAACAGAUUUUAUGGCCGACUUUGCACUACCAGAUCCCUGAUAACCCAAACUCAAAGGCGUUUGAAGACCAUUCGUGGAAUUAUUACCAACAUCUAAACCAAUUGUUCGCUAACGAAAUUGUGAAGACCUACAAGGAAGGUGACAUAGUUUGGGUGAAUGAUUACCAUUUGAUGUUGGUUCCAGAAAUGGUCAGAGAAAAAUUACCCGAUGCCAAGAUUGGAUUCUUUUUACAUAUCUCCUUCCCAAGUAGCGAGGUAUUCCGUUGUUUCCCUCAGAGAGAGAAAAUUUUAAAUGGUAUCUUGGGUGCUAAUUCCGUUGGAUUCCAAACAGAUGAAUAUGCUAGGCAUUUCAUGCAAACUGCUACAAGGUUGUUGAUGACUGACGCUGACGAUCAUCAACUAAAAUUACAAGGAAGAGUUGUGAAAGUGAAUAACACUCCUAUUGGUGUCGAUGUGUUCAACUUGGAUGAACAGAUCGAUACUGAACAAGUGAUUCAAUGGAGGAAACUGAUUAGAGAAAGAUGGUCUGAUAAACGUUUAAUCGUUUGCAGGGAUCAAUUCGAUCGUAUUCGUGGUUUGAAAAAGAAAAUGUUGGCAUACGAAAGAUUCUUGAAAGAAAACCCAGAGUACGUUGAUAAAGUGGUGAUGAUUCAAAUAUGUCUUGAUACUGCCCGUGACAUUGACUUGGAAAGAGAUAUCAUGUCUGUAGUGGACAGAAUCAAUGCUUUAUCAAAGGACAUCAGUAUCUCGCAACCGGUAGUAUUUUUACAUCAAGAUCUUGAGUUUUCUCAGUAUUUAGCACUCAACUGCGAGGCCGAUUUAUUUAUAGUCAGUUCUAUGAGAGAAGGUAUGAACUUGACUUGUCAUGAGUUUGUAGUAUGUUCCAGAGAACGUAAUGCACCUCUGCUACUAUCAGAAUUUACUGGUAGUACGCAGAUCUUGAAGAGCGGUGCAUUGUUAAUCAACCCAUGGGAUAUCAAGAAGUUUGCGCGUGCUAUCAAAAUCGGAUUGGAGAUGCCACCUGAUGAAAAGAGACGCCGUUGGAAGAAAAUGUUCAAAAGUGUUAUUAAUCAUGACUCUGACAACUGGAUCGUUCAUGCUCUUAACAACAUUGAUUCUUCUUGGGAAUUCAAUCACGAAAGAUCCCAGGUGUUCAACUUGUCUUUCAAACAAAUGUAUGCUGCUUAUAGCCAAGCUAAGAGACACAUGUUCGUGUUGAAAAUUUCUGAGCCACCAACUCCUAGAAUGUUAAGGAUCUUAUCUGAACUAAGUGCCAAUAACAUUGUCUAUUUGAUGAACUCUAAUUCACGCGGAGUGUUAGAGAGACUCUACAGCCGUGUUUCCAAUGUUGGACUCAUUGCUGAAAACGGUGCAUACGUGAGAUUGAACGGUAAUUGGUUCAACAUUGUUGAAGACGUAUCUUGGAAAGAUGAUGUCAUCAAAGUUUUCGAAGACAAGAUGGAAAGACUACCCGGUUCUUACUGCAAGAUCGGAGAUUCGAUGGUGAGAUUCCAUACAGAAAAUGCAGAAGACCGUGAUCGUGUGCAAGGUGUUAUUGGCGAAGCAAUGACACAUAUCAACACCUUGUUUUCAGACAAGGGUAUCCAUGCCUACGUUAAUAAAAACAUUGUGUUUGUGCAAGAAGUCGGAUUAGCAUUGAAAACGUUGCAAUUCUUGGUGAGCUAUUAUAAUUCUGUUGAUGACAUUUCAUGUUCAUCUCAUUCUCCAGUGGCGCAACCAACUUCUGCUGAAACGUCCGCAUCCCCCCUCCUAUCUCCAAUAUCUCCAAAGAACGGUGCUGGUUUCUUCCACGUUGCUGCCAAGAGGGAAAAUAGAGACCCAAUUGGAUUCCUAACGAUCACUGGGUCCACGUCUCCCGUUAUUGAACCAUUGUUCCAAUACGUCAAUGAACUCACGAAGGAAGGAAAGCUUCAGUACGGGUACUCUGUAGUACAUGGUGAUACGUCUUCAACAUACGCUAAAGAGCACAUUCAGGGUCUUAACGAGCUAUUUUCGAUGCUACAAAAGUUGUCUUCUCCCAACUCAUCCUAA